UUGGGCUUGGACAAGUCACAUGAUUCAUGGAUCGACACCGCGAAUAUCCUAUAAAUUUCUUCUAUUAUUUUUGAUUUUGUGAGCGUCCGAGACAGACAUGGAACAAAUUGUGUUGCCGGAUAAUUUUUUAAAUUUAUUGCAAGAGAAUGGUUUGAUGGGUCCACCAACAGAUAUUCCAAAACCACAAGGAGAAUGGUUCGAGGCGUUCAAAGAUGACAACGAAAAAAGGAUAGUUUGUGAGGCGUUCAAUUUGAAAAACAAUUUGGAAAAUCAGCUGAUGCAAUGUGAAGAAGGUAUCCAGCAGCUCGAAACUCAGAUAGCAGUUGUUCAGGCCGAUCUCCAAAUACUGCGCUUACGUGUGGAAGAAUACAAAGCAAAAAUCGGAUAUUUCCAAAAUUUGGCUCCAGGACAUAUUGUAUAAAAAUGAAAAAAUAUUCAGUAACUGUAUUUUGAUAUAAAAAUAAAAUCGCGUUAAAAUAUUUUCAUUUUAUUUCAAAUGUUAGCCAGGACGCUUUUGGUCAGAUUUAAAUUAGGUCUAAAAUAUCUAUGGAACAGCUCUCGAACAGGUCUAGGACAGCCUUAA